CAUUUGUUUCACUGCCUGCAACUGCCAAGUCUCAGAAUAAGUAAAUGAGAGGAGGAUUUCUGUCACAGGAGAAACGGGUACACUGAACAGCUACAAGGACGACAAGAUGGAGAAAGUCACAGGCAAAUGAAAGAGCCUUCUGAAAUGGAAGCCUCCAGGAAACAGUGAAAACAUGGGUGUCUCAGUUACAUGGACAGAUGUGAAUAUGCUCCCAUCUUAAGAGAGCUUCAAACUUGUUUUAAAGGAAGGAGUCAACUGUGGCUUUGAAUGUUUGGUAUGCUACAAUGCCUUACAAAAGCAGAUGACCAGUUUAGUUACUGACCAUGCUGACCACUGCCUGGAACUGGACUGAAUCACAGAAAAACAGUGAAUGGUUCUCUCUUAUAAAAUGUCUGAACAAAGCACAAUUCCUGAGCAUAUUUUACAGAAUCCAUUUGGUCGCUUGAUCUUUUUUAACCAGUCUGGAUUAAAGACAGAAUCAACGCCAGAAGAAAUGAAACAGAUUGCUGAGCAGGGAAACAAACCGCAUUGGGCAGCUCUUCUGAUACUCAUGGUGAUCAUCCCUACAAUUGGUGGGAACAUCCUUGUUAUUCUGGCUGUUUCGCUGGAGAAAAGGCUGCAGUAUGCUACCAAUUACUUUCUAAUGUCCUUGGCGGUGGCUGACUUACUGGUUGGAUUGUUUGUGAUGCCAAUUGCCCUCUUGACAAUAAUGUUUGAGGCUAUGUGGCCCCUCCCACGUGUUUUGUGUCCUGCCUGGCUAUUUCUUGAUGUUCUCUUUUCAACUGCAUCAAUCCUGCAUCUCUGUGCCAUUUCUGUGGAUCGUUACAUAGCCAUUAAAAAGCCAAUCCAGGCUAAUCAGUAUAACUCCCGAGCUACUGCAUUCAUCAAGAUUACAGUGGUAUGGUUAAUUUCAAUAGGCAUUGCCAUUCCAAUUCCAAUUAAAGGGAUAGACACUAAUGUGCUUAACCCAAACAAUAUCACCUGUGAACUGAAAAGGGAGCGCUUUGGCAAUUUCAUGCUCUUUGGCUCGCUAGCAGCCUUUUUUACACCUCUUGCCAUCAUGAUUGUCACCUACUUUCUUACCAUCCAUGCUUUACGAAAGAAAGCUUACUUGGUCAAAAACAAGCCAUCAGAACGCCUAACUUGGUGGACUGUGUCCACGGUGUUCCAAAAGGAAGAAACAUCUUUCUCAUCACCUGAAAAGGUAGCAAUGCUGGAUGGCUCUCACAAGGACAAAACUCUGCCUAACUCAAGUGAUAAAACACUUAAGCAAAGAAUGUCCUUGGUUGGAAAAAAGUCAGCACAAACCAUUUCCAAUGAACAGAGAGCCUCAAAGGUACUUGGCAUUGUGUUUUUUCUAUUUUUGCUUAUGUGGUGCCCCUUUUUUAUUACAAAUGUGACUUUAGCUUUAUGUGAUUCCUGCAACCAGAGUACUCUCAAAAUGCUCCUGGAGAUAUUCGUGUGGAUAGGCUACAUUUCUUCAGGGGUGAAUCCUCUGGUCUAUACUCUCUUCAACAAGACAUUUCGGGAAGCAUUUGUCCGAUACAUCACCUGCAAUUACCGAGCCACAAAAUCAGUCAAAUCUCUUAGGAAAUGCUCCAGUAAGAUCUACUUCCGGAGUCCAGUGGCAGAGAAUUCUAAAUUCUUCAUGAAACAUGGAAUUCGAAAUGGGAUUAAUCCUGCCCUGUACCAGAGCCCCAUGAGGCUCCGAAGUUCAACCAUUCAGUCUUCAUCAAUCAUUUUACUAGAUACACUUCUCCUCACUGAAAAUGAAGGCAGCAAAACUGAGGAGCAAGUCAGUUACCUAUAGCAGAACUGAAAGUCUUCAACUAACAACGAUGAGUAAGGAUGUCAAGAAUUGUACAAAGAAUUUUAUGUCAUGUAUCAAAUCAUUUCCUCAAAAUAAGAGUUAAAUAUGAAAACUAUCCAUUACCUUAUUUGGACAAAAUUAUUCCAUGAAAUAAGUAGUUUUGUAUGGCUAUAAAUAAAAACAACCCAGAACUCUGGUUUGCAAAGGAAAUGAAAUUAAAUAAGUCAGAUCAUAAAAAAAUUUAUUUUGUUCUAAAUGUAUGAAAAGCUGUGCUAAGAAUGAAGUAAGAAAAAAUAAAAGCAUUGAGCCGGGUGUGGUGGCGCAUGCCUUUAAUCCCAGCACUUGGGAGGCAGAGGUAGGAGGAUCCCUGUGAGUUCGAGACCACCCUGAGACUCCAUGGGCUACAGUGAGACCCCACCUUGAAAAUAAAUAAAUAAAUAAAAGCAUUAACCCUUUAGACAGCAGUGACAAGAGAUAAGGAUAAGCACAUAGAGCCAAGUGUGGAGGCGCACACCUUUAAUCCCAGCACUCAGAAAGCAGAGGUAGGAGGGUCACCAUGAGUUCAAGGUCACCCUGAAAACUACAUAGUGAAUUCCAGAUCAGCAGGGCCUAGAGUGAGACCCUACCUAGAGGUCCCCCCCCCCCAGUGUGUCCCUAGUUAAGAAUGGCUAAUGAUGAGGAAACUGUCUGGAAGAGAUAGUCAUCAGAUAUCACACAAAGUAAGAGGAUCUCAAAACUAGAACUGUUAGAUGGCUAUUAAUAAGCACCUGAUUAGCUGAGGUACUGGAAAAAGAGAAAGCAAAUGAAAUCACCCCUGGAUACAUGAACCAUCUAUUAAUGAACAGGCUGAGAACUGGAAGUAUGGGACCUCAAGCCUAGAAACUAAACAGUAUUUGAGCUCAUAAACUUAGAUUACUGCACUGCUGACUCUUUUCCCAAUGACUUGGCUAACCUUCCAGCACAAUUUAUUUUCAAUUAUUUCAUUUUACAUCAUUAGAUCUGUGAACAAGAUCAGCUUAUGGAACCUACUGGACAGCUGACUGAAUUGAAAAAUGAUAUUUAGUCAUGUGAGUCUCUCACCUUCUUUUUCUUUUGUUUUUUCAAGGUAGGGUCUCACUCUAGCUCAGGCUGACCUGGAAUUCACUAUGUAGUCUCAGGGUAGCCCCAAACUCACGGUGAUACUCCCAACUCUUCUCCCAAGUGUUGGGAUUAAAGGCAUGUGCCACCAUGCCUAACUUUUUCUGUAGUUCUUACAGGGUUGAAUACAUAGUAAUUACUCAGUAAAUGGCAGCCACCUAAUUAUUUUUUGAAAAACCCUGCCUUUGGGCAGGAGAGAUAGCUGAGUGGUUAAGGCACCUGCUUGUGAAGCCUAAGGACUCAUGUUUGACUCUC